AUUAUCAUCCCUAGGACGCCAUUAAAGGUCAAAAACUGACCUCCAAGAAUUUAUAAGCGGAAACCACUGUCUGUACAACAGAGAAAACACCAAACAAGUUCUCGAAAAAAGGUAGGCAGUGGGCACUAAAGUCAUCAUCAGCAUCAUCAUCAUCUUCCAAUUAAACAACAGAAUUCAAUUCUGGGUUUUUUUCCUCUCUCUCUCUGUCUCUCUAAUGGUGGAAGAGAAGAGAGAAGAAGAAAGACAAAAGGGGGUCUUAUUAUUAGAUAAUGUGUUACAAUCCAUGCCUGUCUAUGCUAAGGAAUUGGUUGCGGGUGGUGUUGCUGGUGGUUUUGCUAAAACUAUUGUUGCUCCACUUGAAAGAGUCAAGAUCCUUUUUCAGACAAGAAGAUCAGAAUUUCAGAGUAUAGGAUUAACUGGAUCCUUCAAAAAGAUUGCUAAAACUGAGGGUAUAUCGGGUUUCUACAGAGGAAAUGGAGCUAGCGUUGCUCGAAUUGUUCCUUAUGCAGCUCUGCAUUUUAUGGUGUAUGAGCAGUAUCGUAGAUGGAUUAUAGAAGGCUUUCCAGAUGUUGGAAGAGGGCCUGUUCUUGACCUUGUGGCAGGUUCCUUUGCGGGUGGAACUGCAGUUCUUUUUACUUACCCUCUUGAUUUAGUACGAACAAAAUUAGCUUAUCAGGUUGUCGAUGGUAGGAAGGUGAAUGUGAAUGGAAUGGUUCAUGGUGAACAAGUGUACAGAGGAAUUUAUGAUUGCUUUUCCAAAAUAUUCAGAACGAGUGGAAUGAAAGGCCUUUAUCGGGGUGUAGCUCCAUCACUCUAUGGAAUAUUUCCCUAUUCCGGUUUGAAGUUCUACUUUUAUGAGGAAAUGAAAAGUUAUGUCCCUCAAGAGCGCAAGAAUGACAUCAUGGUCAAACUCUUUUGUGGUUCAGUUGCUGGUUUAUUAGGACAGACUAUCACUUACCCGCUUGACGUUGUUAGACGGCAAAUGCAGGUGGAACAAUUUUCAGCAUCUAAUGUGAAGAUGAAAGGGACAAUGCAGAGUCUCAUUACGAUUGUAGAAAGCCAAGGGUGGAAACAACUGUUUUCAGGGCUAAGCAUCAACUACUUGAAGGUUGUUCCGUCAGUGGCAAUUGGUUUUACAGUGUACGACGUUAUGAAGUUAUGGCUUAGGGUUCCUUCUCGCGACGAGUCUAAGACUGAGCUAGUAAGAGAACAAACAAAUAUAAGUUCAUCAUCAGCAGCAGCAGCAUCCUCAAAAUCAUCUCAAUACCAAUCUUAGCAAUAACAAUUUUUUAUGCAAGUUAGAGCAGCCUUGGUAAAAUUCUUUUUCACCUGUAAAUUUCAACCGAGAUGUAUACAGCAUCAAACUAGGUUACAGCAUUCCUGAAUAAAACGAUUCGACAAUGUGCAGUGCUCCUUACUCGUCGAAUCACUACAUGUUAGAGUUUUACAUCUGUGGAAUAGCAUACAACAGUUACGACUUGUUCUGCACUCUGAUUGUUCUAAUGCAGUUCCAAGCCUGAUGUAACUAUAUUUUCUCAGUUACUGUAGAGACGAUGUACAAAAUUCUUUUAUAAUCAAUACUGAUAUAACUGAAAUUCGACAUAAA